AUGCCUAAAGUAAAUAAAGAUAUUAAAGCGUGUCAUUAUUGCUAUACAAAAAAGAUCAAGUGUAGACGAGAAUUACAAACGCAGCCAUGCAAGAAAUGUCAAGAUUUAAAUAUCAAAUGUGAGACUCGAGAACAUAAUUUGAAAAUUACCAUCUCCAGAAGUUUAUUUGAAGAUCAAAAACAAGAAAUUGCCAUCUUGAAAGAAAAGCUUAAGAGUGCUGAAAAUGCAAGGAUUUCAAUGGGAGAUAGGAUUCAAGAAUUGGAAUCCUUAGGGAGACCAACGAUACAACCAGAUCCGACGGAUGAAUGUAAUCUGUUUGGCAUUGAAUCGACAUCGUCACUCCACUUCAAUCAAAACUUAUAUUCAUUAAUUACCGGCGUAAAAAAUGUUAUGAAUAUCAAUGAUCCACCAUCUGAAUUAUAUCAGGAUUAUACCAGAAGCUCGAAAUUAUGCGUUUACAGCUUACCGGAUAAGCAAACUGCUGUCUCUCUACUCAACGUAGCAUACAAGACAUUAUGCUUUGAUUAUCAUUUACUAAUACGUAAAACUACGUCGUUUACAAUUGACCAAAUAUACGACAAUAUAAGUUCUACAUCUGUUGAUAGGAAUGAGGUUAUUCGAUUAUUUUUUUUGCUUUCCUUCGGUGAAUUAUAUAAUACACCAUUAUCUAAAAGCUAUGAAGGGUAUCCUGGUUUAAAAUAUUUUAAAAUUGGAAUUAGUUUUCUUCAGGAUUUGUAUGAGACUCCAACGAUAGGUUAUAUUGAAAUCAUUUUACUUGCAUCACUUUACUUUAAUUCCUUAAACCUUUUGAAUUAUUCUUAUGUUUAUUUGGGUGUUGCUGCAAGAUUGUCAAUGAUUAUGGGGUUGAAUAGAAGGUCUACCUAUGAAAAUAUAUCUCUAUCCUUACACGAGAAAGAGCGAUAUAAACGAGUAUGGUGGACAGUUUACAUACUUGAUGUUUUCUUGAGUUCAAAUUUGGGUUAUCUGAUUUCUCUUAGCAACGAAAAUAAUAUUGAUCUACCACAAGGAAAGUAUAGUUUAGAUUUGAAGCUAAAAGAUGAAUUCAAUCCUGCAUUCUUUUUGAUCAAAAGAAUUGAGUUGGCGAAGAUAAAUGUGUCAAUUGUCAAUGAAAUUUAUACGUCUCGAUCACUGGAGAAUAGGCUAAUGGAAUCGAUUAAUCAGAUUUUAAGUGAAUUGAAUUCUUUUUAUGCUAAUUUAAUAUUAGAUUCUAAGGACGUUGUCAACAACAAUGAUUUGGAGGUUUUUAAUCGCUCAACAGUUUCUUUGAAAUUAAGAUAUAAUGAAUGUGUGAUAUUGGCUACAAGACCUAUUUUUCUUUCCUUUUUUGAGAUAAAUAGGACCAAUAGUUGGGAUGUAAAUCUAAUUAACAAGGAAACUUCGAGUAUUAUAAAACUAUCUGAGGUUUGCAUUCAGGCAGCAAUGUCUAAUUGUGACAUUCUACAUUCUUUAUUCAUCAACGAAAAGAUAUCAUAUUAUGGGUAUAUUGAUACCAACUUCUUAUUUUCUGCUACAACAAUAAUAUUAAUGGGAAGCUCCAUGGACUAUUUUUCUUACGUUACACAUCAGAAUUCUGAUUUGGAUCUUAAUUCAUUUAUGAAUAGAUCGGUCUCAAUGAUGGAGGCUAUGCACGGUUUUGGUAACCUAUCAGCCACAGAGUUUUUAAAACAUAUUACAAAAUUGCGAUCUAAUUUGAAGAGUGCAAAGGAAGCCACUCAUAAAGACAACUGCCACACAUCCAAUUUUUUUCUUGAUCUUGAUUUUGAGACUUUGGAACAGGAGUUGCAGGAAUAUAUACCAGGAGAGUUUAAUAUCAAUCCUUUAACAGAUUCUAUAUUCCUUCAUCAAUCCCCAUCCAUUUCUUAG